AUGACUGAGCAAGACGACGAGGCUAUAGGCAAUCAAAAGCGUGCUUCAUGGAGAUCCAAAUGUCGGGCCACUCUCUCAAAACAUAUCUACGAUGUCCAGCUCCGUAUUGGUAACGGAGGCGCUGGCCAGAGUGGUCUGAUUAAGGCCCUCGCCAACGCCUUCAUCAAGUCCAGCGUCCGCAAUGGCUCCGACCCCCUCGCCGUCGAGUGGUACAAUAUGAUACCAUCGAGAGCAUCAACUACCUGUAAGGACGGCACCAUCGACAUCGGAAUCACCUAUACUCCUGCCGCCGAGUCCAUCGCCAUCAUGAAAGGCUUCGCCAAGGGACCGGCCUGA